GUUGCAAGUAGAGACCUGUGGUAAGAUUGUUUGAGCAACCCUGAAUUUCUCAUUUGUUUAUAUUAAUUUGAGUUGUGUAGGUAUAUAAAUUUCAAUGUUUUCUAAUUCGCAAGUCUAUUUGUUGAAACCGGUAAUUGAAAUAUUUCACCGAAAAUUAUUCAGGAUAAAAAGAACAUCGAGUUAAAAACGAAAGCGACAUAGCAAUUAAACGAACACAAUAUAAUAUUUAUAUAUACUUCUUUCAAGUAAUAAAUUUAAGACGAUUAGUAUGAAAUUACCACAGAAGGAAGUUGAAUGUAAAAUUCAAACAUCUCCACCCUCUGCUCAAGAAGCCGAUGCUCCCGAAAGACCUGAAGAAAAUGCGGAUAUAUUGAUAAAAAACCUUUUGUUGGCUUUCCGGAAACUAUGGGUCCAAGUUAAGCUUCUAGCAUCAUUUGUAAUGGUUGAUCUUGGCGGUUAUCAAUUGCUCGAUAGGCUUAUACAAUGGAGUGUCAGAAAUCCUCAUAAAGCUAUUUGUAUUUUGGCAGCUUUUUUGGCCUUUUUAUUACCAUUUUUGUUAAUGUUGGGUAUUGGACUUUCGACUCUUUUGAUGACACUCACCGGAUUUUUGAUUUUAGAAGGUGUAAUAUUGACCAUAAUUGCAAUGCUACUGAUUGGUUGUUUGGGAACUUUAAUUUUAGUGGUGCUAUUUUUAAAGCAACUAAAUCGAACAUAAAAUAUAUUUCUAAGACAUUUUAUUUAAAUUUCCGAAAGAAUUAAUGGAGACAAAGUUAAUAUUAGAAACAAUGAUUAAAUUAUUGGAAUACAUUCGAAAAUUGAUUAUUGAAAA